AUUACGGUAAUACCCUCACCAUGUUUCCCAAUUCUUCUCGUUUCUGAGUUUCGCAAUUCUCAGUUCGCCAUCACCUUCUUUCCCUCUUCCGUCCGUAACCCAAACACACACACUCUCUCUGUGAUUCACUACGGAAGAUAAAAUGUUGCGGUGCUUAACAAAAACCGCAGCAAAACACAACCAUCCAUGGCGGAACAAUCUUACAACAACAAUUUCAUCUCUUAAUUAUUCUUCCAAGUCUCCAACAAAGUCCACUCCCACUUCCAAAACCCCCGCCACCGCCGCAACUGCCGACAUCUUCUUCGACGAACAGGAACGCCUCCGCAAUCUCACCGCCGAUGAAAAAAACCCUUCUCUCAAUGUCGGCCCAAACGGAAGACCCCUCUUCACUCCCGCUGCUUCUCUGUCUAAGCUCACCAACAACGACACCUGCACCUACUUCCAGCUCGCGAAGGAGACAUUGGAUGCUGCUCUGCCUGAAGGGUUGCCGAUUGGUAUGUCAAAGGAGUUUCAGGACUCUAUGCGGACUGCUUUGCUUGUUCGCCAGAGCUUUUUGGAUCUUCGUGAUAACUUCAGACGUGUGGUUGAUCCACCAAUGUGGUCCCCUCAUGGUAAAGGGGUCAAAGUUAGGAAGCAAGUUGUUUUAGAUGGUCCUGUUAGUUGUGGGAAGAGUAUUGCGCUUGCAAUGCUUGUUCAGUGGGCUAGAGAAGAAGGUUGGUUGGUUUUCUAUGUUCCGAGAGGAAAGGAAUGGACGCAUGGAGGAUUUUUCUAUAAGCAUCCACAAACAGGUUUAUGGGACACACCUGUUCAGGCCGAGAAUGUCCUCAAAGAUUUCUUGAAGUACAACGAAUCCUACCUAAAGCAACUGCCAUGCCAAAUAUUUGAUCCAAUCCCAUUAGGUGAGGGUGCUGGUGUGGGAUGGUUAAAAGAUGUUGAUUCCGUGGCAGUUCCUGAAGGUACAAUGUUGUAUGAGCUGGUGAAAACUGGCAUUGAACAAACACAUGCAGCUGUUGGAGUAGUAGUUCGUUUGAGGAAAGAGUUAUCACUUGUUAAAGACAUGCCUGUUCUUAUUGCAAUUGAUCAAUAUAAUAACUGGUUUACAUUCAGCGAGUAUGAGGAACCUGUCACAAUUCGUUCUUGUCGGCCAAUACAUGCUAGAGAACUUACGAUGGUGAAUGCUUUUAGGUCAAUGAUGCAUGAUGAUAUGAUGGUAGGGGCUUUUUCUCAUUCGACUGCUGUAGGAAAGCUUCGAAAAGACUUACCAGAUGUACCGGUCGAUGCACGUGCUAUGUUUCCUCGAUACAGUUUAGAGGAAGCGGACACUGUCUGUCAUUAUUAUUUAAGACAAAGGCUUAUUCGUCGUGAAGCAUUCACAGAAGAAAAUUGGAAAAAAAUUUACUUCCUAUGCAACGGAAAUGGAGCAGAAAUGAGGGGAUUAGUUCCUUUCAUGCGAUGACAGACGUCAGAUGCACUACUAUUAAUUAUUUUUAACCAGUGAGAUGUGUUCUGACUGUCAUCCAUAAUAAUAUAGAUGUUUCGUAUUUACUUGAGCGAUAUUCAUCAUAGGAUAGGAUACAGUUGGAUUACUAUUUGCACGAUCCACUUUAAUCUGUUUAAUUUGCUUUAAAACUUGUUCUCAAAGGCAGUGUAUUGAGUGUUUGUUGCAGAUUUUGUACAUCUAAACUUAUUUAUUACAAAAAUGUAAAAUUUAGUUUCAAAAUA